AUGGAGGAAGAGGGAAUUCAACAUUUCAGUCAUGAUGAGCACCCUCUGAUCAUGAUUGAAUUGCAGAAAAACAAUGAUAAUGGUGAUGGAGAUGAUAAGAAAGUAGAAAUCUGCUACGGGUGUCAAAAACAAAUUUUGGAGCCUACAGCAUAUUGUUGCUUCAGCUGCAAUUUCUUUCUCCACAAACCAUGUGCAGAAAUUCCUUUGCAGAUUACUCAUCCAAUGCAUCCCCAGCAUCCAUUAGUCCUCCAUAAGGAGCCACCUUAUUCUUCUGGCAGUUGUACCUGUCAUGCUUGUGGCCAAAAGGGUUGGAAGUUUUUCACCUACAAUUGUUCCUUGUGCAAAUUUGAUCUCGAUAUAUCGUGUGCUUCUCAAGAUCGGUGA